GUUUUCUCCACCACGACCUGCGCUUCGUGCUAGCACCCGCACCAUCGCCCUCACCCUGCCAGAUGGCACCCGUAGCGGCGAGCACGAGCGUAUUCUCGUCGAAAGCAGCAUGGAAACCAACCAAGAUUAUGAACAUGCGGGACCUCUCCCGGGAUGAUGACUUUCUCAGCCAUCUGCUCGUCGAAAAGCUCGGCACGGGCGACGUCCCUCUGGUUGUACACAAAAUGGAUCCCACCCGGAAGCUUCCGAAAACCAACGCGGACGAUCUCCUCGAGAUUGUGCGGCGGAUGGUCGUUACCAAGGGUGCACAGCAAACCGUGAUCAGGCAGGCUGUGGACGAGUUGCUCACGUUGAACGGCGUGAAGUAUUACCUCAAGUCCUCUAAUUACGAUCAGAAGCAAAUCAACGCUUUCGCUACCCAUGCCUCUCGCUACUUCGAGCUCUACCUUCCCAACGGUUCUAUCGAAAUAUCUCACACGUCGCGCUACUCGCACCGGACGGGGAAAUCAGAACUGUGCAUACUCGCCACCCGCCCGCUCGCCCCCGGUACAGUCAUCUCCGAACUCAAGGGGUCCAUGGCAGAUUUGACUGAGGAAGAGGACAAGGAGCUAAAGCGGACUGGCGAGAGACACGCCGAGGGCGUUGGAAUUCGCCGCGAUUUCAGCGUCAUUCAUUCGCGUCAGCUCAAGAAGAAUCACCUUUUCUUGGGUCCCGCGCGGUUCGUAAACCACGACUGUGAUCACAAUGUCGAACUGUUUCGUGAGGGUCGCUACAUUACCUUCCGCGUCAUAAAACCGAUCGGGGUCGGGGAAGAGGUCUCCGCCCACUAUGGCCCGGGAUAUUUCGGUCGGAAGAAUCGCCAUUGCCUGUGCGCGACAUGCGAGAAGAACGGUCGAGGCGGGUAUGCACCCCAGGGGUCAGAGGAAGACUUGUUGUCUGACAGCGGCUCGAACUCGAGCCGCGAGGAGGUAGACGGCGACGAGAGUUCCUCCCAAGCUGAUGAUUCUUCUGACGAAUCAGACGCGGGGACUAUCAAUUGCAACGAGCGUCGCACUCGACGCGGCGUAUACGCAGUUAUGCCGGAGGCUGCGGGAGGCGGUUCCAUCGAACUGGGCAAGGAGGCCGACGUGGAGGCCGCAUCCGAUCUAACGUCUCUGCCAACUUCCCACUCUUCACUGCCAUCGCCUGCGAUCAUCGACCAUGGGCUUAUGACGCCUGAACCAGAAGGCGAAUCCCGAGGACGCGCCUUGUUCAAAGACAUAGGCCGAGAAACGCUCUCUGCGCCCAUCGCUCCUGUCCCGAGGAAAGCUUUGGACAGCUCGACCCCUACCGCCGUUCCAUUUAGGUCUGUCAUAUCGACUCGCGCACAAAAGGCGCGCGAAGCAUCCCUCGAGGCGUCGAGCAGUGUUGCCACCAGCAGAGCUCCAAGCAAGACGGUCACUGGCCGAUCUGUCUCUACUGCGAGGCAACUGAUCACACCGCCGCUUACGAACGAGAGCGCUGCGACCAGCGUCCGUUCGUUAUCUCGCUUCCGUUCCGCCGGUGACACUCAAUCCUCAGUAACCGAAAGCUCUCGCCUUUCCACACCUGCAAAGGACAAAAAAGGGAAGGGCCGUGCGACCACGGCGUCCGUAUCUGACGUACGUGAUAUUGAGUUACAUGAGCCGGAAGCGCGUCACCUCAGACCACGUGUUUCCGCACCCAUCUUCGACUCGACUCUUUCGAAGAAGAAGCUGGACGAUGCGCCAAGGGGCCUGGACGGAAAGCCCUUGCCAAUGUGCUCCACCUGUGGGAACGUGCUUCCCGUGAUUUCUGUAGAUUCGGAAAUUGUGUGGGGACUAAGUGUUGGCAGGACGGGCAAACGAGGCAGGCCCAAAAAAGAUAUUACGACAGAUUGUCCGCGGUGUCUGCGCCACUUCGCUAUCUACGGUCGCAAAUGGCCAGAGCGCGUCCCAGGAGAUGGCAGAAUAUUUGUCCCUAUUCAGCCUAUGUUCUCUACGCAGGCGAAGAAGAUCACUCCUGGCGCUCUGGUCGCGGUCAACGGGAAACUCGCCAGCACUACAGUGCAUAACCAGAAACGACGUGUCGAGCAUGAUGCGGACGACCCACGGCCUGUGAAGAAGCAGAAACCGGCAUUUGUGCCUCGCCGUCCCGCUAUGGCUGAGCAGGCCAAACAAACUGUGCAGGAGAUGCGGGCACUCAAGGAGAAGAUGGAUGGAAGACGCAGCGGCAGGACACGAGUGCCUAGUCUCAAGCUCCGAGAACGUGAACCUCUUGUCCCGCCGACAAGAGUGUCACCGCGCCGGUAUCCCCCGUCCACUUCUUCUCUUAGUGCAGUGCCGGAAAGCCCUGAUCGCCCUCCCGCGUUGCCAGCGUCGCCAACCACUCCCACCGCUACAACACCCGUCUCGCCGAAAAACGUCACGCCGAAGAGUCUGGCCGUCGCCGCGCAACCUCGUGAUGCUAAUGGCCGCUUUGGCAAGAAGGCAUCUACGAACGGUCGGUUCGUGCGUAAACGGUUCACGGUGGGCAAGAGGUUCACGCUGGGGCACAAGAUGAAUCCACGUCCGACGGGACUCAAGCCUGUCAUUACCACACUUAUGGAGGGCGAUAUAGUAGAUGAUGACGAAGAUUACUACAACGACCCGUCAUCUGACCCUAUCUCAGACGAGACCGAGCAUGUUGAGUUCGGGGAAGAAGCUCUGGAAGAUGUGGUCCUCAAACGCACUUCCGACUCUUCAGACUUCGAUGACUCCCCUAGAAAGAAAUAUCGGAUUAGCGACAGUGACGUCUCAGAUGACUCCCCCAGCUCUACACCCCGCUUUAUCAUGGGCAGAGGUUCCCUGUUGCGACCCAACCCUAUCUCCUUUGCUCGUCGCAAAUGGGCAGUUGAGGGCGUCGAAGCGUCCGGCACCGGUAUUUCCAGGAGGGCCUCUGAUGUUUCGCAGCUUGCACCGGCGGCCGUUAUCACCUCCAGGCACAGCGACAGCGAAUCUGAUGAAGCCGAUAUUCAGGCUAGUGGCGAGGCAGCAGCACAUCUGGCGAGUGUAGUCGUCCAUACUGCGAAGCUGACAUACAAGCCCUCGCCAAUGAACCUCGCCAAGCGGCGUUGGGCGCCGCCUGGUACCGUAGAAGGCACCGCUUCUAGGCAGUCCAGCUUGCGACGCGACACUAAACCUUCAGAUCUUGCCGAAUCCCCAAACGGCGGUGUGCACCUUCAGCACAGCGCUUCGGUAAGGAAGUCUUUGGCUGCGAGCCUGAGCUACCCCGACGAGGAUCAUGAUUCUGAUGAGUGCUACACCACGGAUGAUGACUCCUCUAGCGGCGAAGACUCGGAUGGCGCUACUGUACUCCUGCCUGACUUCGCAGCCAUCCAGCCCGGUGUGCGACCUCCCACACUACACCGCGCGCCGUACUUCAAUUUUGGCCAGCCCGAAUUGGAAGCUAGUGGGUAUCCGACAACUCGCGCCAGGAGCCCGAUCUACCGGCCUGCAAGCUUCCAUAUGAGCAGGCCUACAACGCCUCACUUUGGCCGCAGCUCCCCCGUCUCUCCGUUCACCAGCCUAGGAUCUGUCCGAGAAAUACAACCGCAUUUGUCAAGAGUCCCGACUCCUGAGCCUGUCGGCGAAGCAACAUCGGACAGUUCCGAACGUCUAGUGGAGCGCCUUCUCGGAGUCGGCUCUACGGCUUCAGCAUCCUUGGCAAGUUCUGCGACACCUCCUACGCCACCGGUAGCCGUGUCCGGAGUGUCGGAGAGUUCGCCGGGUGCUGCUUGGAAACGCACCGUUCUCAUCCCUGAUUCCCGCACGGAUCGCAUUCUCAACCUGUCGACUAACAUCUCGUUCCCCAUACCCUCGAAUGACUACCCAUAUGACUCCAGAUUACGACAACCCGCCUCUAGUGCACGCUCUUCCUUCCCUCUUCUGUCUACAGUACUCGCUCUGCCGACACGCCCUUAUAUAUCCUCGCCAGCUACGCCUCCACCCAUAUUGGCACCGAUAGCGAGGUCGCCUGUCAAGUUGACUUACGCAGGUUGGGACACUUCCUCAGACACUGACUCCCCGUGAAUGUAUACCUCUAUAUCAUAGUCUUGUGCC